CAGUACUGAUGCGGGCACUGCAGGAGCCCUGACUCCACAGCAUGUUCGGGCACACUCCUCUCCAGCGUCCCUGCAGCUGGGGGCUGUUUCUCCUGGGACGUUGACCCCCACCGGAGUGGUCUCUGGUCCAGCCGCUACCCCUGCCGCUCAACAUCUCCGACAGUCCUCUUUUGAGAUCCCUGAUGAUGUGCCUCUGCCAGCAGGUUGGGAGAUGGCCAAGACAUCUUCUGGCCAGAGAUACUUCUUAAAUCACAUCGAUCAGACCACAACAUGGCAGGACCCCCGGAAGGCCAUGCUCUCGCAGCUGAAUGUCCCCACGUCCAGCAGUCCAGCAGUGCCGCAGACCCUGAUGAACUCGGCCUCAGGUCCUCUUCCUGAUGGAUGGGAACAAGCCAUGACUCAGGACGGAGAAGUUUACUACAUAAACCAUAAGAACAAGACCACGUCCUGGCUAGACCCAAGGCUUGACCCUCGUUUUGCCAUGAAUCAGAGAAUCAGCCAGAGUGCUCCAGUGAAGCAGCCUCCACCUUUGGCUCCCCAGAGCCCACAGGGAGGCGUCCUGGGUGGGGGCAACUCUAAUCAGCAGCAGCAGAUUCGGCUGCAACAGCUGCAGAUGGAGAAGGAGAGACUGCGAUUGAAACAGCAAGAAUUGCUGCGGCAGGCAAUGCGGAAUAUCAAUCCCAGCACAGCAAAUUCUCCAAAAUGUCAGGAAUUAGCUCUUCGCAGUCAGUUACCCACACUGGAGCAGGAUGGAGGGACUCAGAAUCCCGUGUCUUCUCCCGGCAUGUCUCAGGAAUUGAGGACCAUGACGGCCAGUAGCUCGGAUCCGUUCCUUAACAGUGGCACCUAUCACUCCCGAGACGAGAGCACAGACAGUGGUCUUAGCAUGAGUAGCUACAGCGUCCCUCGGACCCCAGACGACUUCCUGAACAGCGUGGAUGAAAUGGAUACAGGUGACACUAUCAACCAAAGUACCCUGCCUUCACAGCAGAGCCGUUUCCCAGACUACCUUGAAGCCAUCCCUGGGACAAAUGUGGACCUUGGAACACUGGAAGGAGAUGCCAUGAACAUAGAAGGAGAGGAGCUGAUGCCCAGCCUGCAGGAAGCGCUGAGUUCCGACAUCCUCAACGACAUGGAGUCUGUGUUGGCGGCCACCAAGCUAGAUAAAGAAAGCUUUCUCACAUGGUUAUAGAGCCCUAGGGGAGACUGCUUUCCAGGUCUGUGAAGGAUCUAAGGAAAUAAGAUGCGCAUCCCUGAAAUUUCCAAAUAAGCCAGUUGACAAUUUUCUGGCUAACACAGAAGAAGAUGAACACAGUCCAGCAGGAUUCUUUGAUCCACUGUUUGCUCUUUUCUGUCCAUUGCUGCUGUUAAUGUUGCUGACCUCCUUCACAGCCAGCCCUAAAGAA